GUAAGAAAACUGUACUUCGUUAAGCGAUUCGAAAGGUGGUAAGGACCUUUUGAUCGAUGGCAAGGAGCAAAAGCAAUCCACACUGUACUGUAAAACGGCAUUACGUUCCCGGCGAUGUGGACGACGAUGUCGGCAGAUAAGUGAAGAAACAAAAUAGUAGAACCUCGUUGAUGGAGAGGGAUAAUUUUUUUACGUAAAUAUUUAGAUUACUACGCACAACAACAAAAUCACACACACACACAUAUACACAUUCACAACUUGUUACACGCGCGUCCGAGAGUGUGUGUGCGUGUAUCGGAAAUGUUGCGUAUAGUGAAAACGGUACCAAACAAUCAGGAUGGGUAAGGAUGCACAAACUAAAGAAAAAAAAAACAAGAGAAGAAAACAAGAAAAAGCUAAACAUGCAAACUUUUUAACCGUCUCCGUGACACAUUAGCCGCUGUAAUUGUUCGUUAUCUAAUGAAGCAGCCCAAUUUAAUAUAAAGCGCAAAAAGCAUGAACCGCUGAUUUGGCACAAGCAAAACAAAAGCACAAAGUGAAGCUCCAACGAAUAUCCCCAAAAAUGUCGGUAUGGAGCAGUGGGCAUGUAGUGCAGAUGAGAAAAAAAAAUAUCACCUAAAAUUCAUGCAGGUUCACUACCAAAAAUUUGUACGAAGAAGGAAUGGUAUAAGAUCUAGAGGCAUUGUUUUGCGUUCCUACUAAUGUGGCUGACCACUCGGCAGGCGUCAUGUUUUUCAUCCGCUCCUUAUUUAUUUUUAUGUUAGUUUUUUGUCCAUAAACGACAAGAAAAUGUGAGCGUAAAAUAAAGGGAAAACAAAAGGUAAACGAAACAGAAUGUUUCGCGUAACGCAAAGUAACACACGACACCGCCUAACACACAACGAUACAUGGAUGGGUUAUGUUUAACGCGGUUUUACCGUAAACGUAGUAUGAAUUGUUUUUAUUUACUUUUUUAAAAACUUUCGUCUAGUCACACGAAUUUAUAUAUGCUCCUGUUGUAAGAGAACGUAAAAAACAGUGAAAGUUUAUUUAUUCCUAUUCGCUUGUUGACCCGUAGUAGUCGAUGCCGAUAGUUUAUUCUGGUCGUUAAAGCUGUUUAUUGUAUUUAGUAUUACGUGCAAAAUGCACACACACACAAUCACACAUACAACCUCACAAACAGGUAUAGUUUCGAUCAGUUUUAUUUACACGAUAGGUAUAUAGACACACGUUUUAGUCUCUUGUUCCCCUUUUUUUAAGCAGGAACCCGGUACCGGUAGUCUCUAUAUAUAUGUAUAUUGAGGGCCUAGGAAAGUGAAUCAGUUUUAACGGGUUUCUAUCCAACUUUUGUGCAAAAGGGACACCUUCAGACAUACACCUACGCAUACGCACAAACAAACACACGCAAACAUAAAAGAAUGUUACAAGAGGCUUGAAGAAGAAGGUGUAAAAGAAAGCAAACAUAAAGUGAGUGUCACAAGGACGAACCAAAGAAGCGAGCUAAUACAAUGCAAAAGAUGUUAAAAAUAAAACUAAAACAAAAUAAAUGUGACAUCAACGGUCGAUCACGCGUUUUGUCAUCUGAAAUUUGUGCCGUUUGGGUUAUCGGAAGAGAAAAUACCCUAAAAAUGUGUUAUCCUACAAACAGGGCGUUGAUUAUGGAUACCGAAAAAAGGAAUAGAGAGAAAAAAAACAAAAGAAAUAACAACAUUUCUUCUACAUCAAUCAUUAGUGAGCGAGCGUAGUAAAAAGAGACUAUAAAUUGAAUUGCCGACAUCUCUUCCUAAAUACAAAAAAAAUUCCGGGAAGCGGUUUAAGAUUGAUAGCCUAUUUAUAAGAUUUCUAUUUUUUCUAUCACCAGUACGGAAGAUGCAAUGAAACUGUGAGCAAUGGUCGAUCGGUAUAUUAUUAUUAAUCUCCUAACACACACACACACAAAAUUAAAAACACCCCAAAUCAUAAGUAAUGCAAACAAAUACAAAACGAAUGAAGGAGCAUACAACAAAAGAUGGAAACGGGAUAAUCGAAAAUAACUAAACAGACGUUCAGCCGAUUCAAAAUACAACCAUUUACCAUAUGUUAUGGCAACACAAAGCGGAAGCAAAACAAAACAAAAUUAAAUAGUAAAGCAAAAACCACAAACCCCACGAAAAACGUAUAAAUGCAUCCACCAAUAGCAAAACAAAACAUAUUUGACGGUAAAUAAUGGAGGUAAAUUUUGUUUUCAUAGUACAUACAAUCAACAAACAUGGAAAUAUAACACAAUCCCAAAGAAGCAAAACAAACAAUGAAAUAGAAACAUAGAAUAGAAAAGAUAGAGAGAGGGAGAGGGAGCGAGAGCGCGCGUGACAGAUGGCUAGAGAUAUAUAAAAGAAAGCCUAUGCAAAUAAAAUGAUAAAUAAAACGAUAAAUCGGAUAAUGAAACAUGCAAUAACACAAUAUGAUAAUUAAAUAACAAGUCCAACAUGUAUACAAACAUGUAUAGCAAACAGCAGCACAACAAACAAUAAGGUAGGUAUUCGAAAAUUUACCUGCAUUUAAACGUAUAAGCCACCAAACCAGAUACGCAACCGGUUGCGUUGUACGUUGUAGAGGAGGAAAGCAACAGAAGAUAUGAAAAUAUAAAACACACACACACACACUGACAAAACUAUCUAUAAAUACAGAAAAAUCACUCCCCAUUUUACUGUGUAACAAAAUGGAAAACAUAAACCAGAAGCAUUAGAAAAAUAGAGAGAGAGAGAAAGAGAGAGAGUGAGCAGAUUGUCGAUCAAAAAUGGAAACAGUCGAAGGGAAAACAGUUUAUGUGUAAUAUUUUUGUUUUUCGUUGUGCAAUUAUUUAAACUGAACAUUAUGAAUGGGUUUUUGGUUUUAGCAUGUAAACUGUGUUGUUAGUGUUCUAAUAAAAUGGGAAGACAGAAAAAGAAAUCCCUAAUAGGUGGGGUGUGUAGAAAACAGAAAACAAAACACAAAACGAUCUUUAAAAAAUAGCAAAACGGAAAACUCAGUCAAGAAACAAUAAUAUACAAAGCAAAAGAAAGAACGGAACAACGCGACACGACAGCAAAGAUAAGGAAAAUGGAACAGGUAACAGCUAGAGUGGAGAAAUUUUAUAAAACAUAAAACAAAGUAAUUCACAACAAAUAAAAACACUUGACAAACACGUAGCAAUGAACGUGAAGAUAUGUUACGAACAGAAGAAACAAAACGGUUAGAAGCAUGUAGGCAAAAACAGAAUCUAGAACACGAAGUAAAAAUCGGAAAACAAAUAAAAACAAAUAAGCAAGAAGAUGAUAAAUCGUAGAGAGAGAGAGAGAGAGAGAAAAAAAACGUUAAAGAAGAACAAACCAAAUGUGUGAAAUGCGAACAUACAACAUAUGAGCUAAACAAGAAUGCGCAGAAAACACGAAACAAACAAACAAACAAAAUAACAAAACGCACACUCACAAACAUAAAUGAGCAUUAUUUAAUGUUUUAUACAAGCAAGUGGUGAUUUUAUCUAGAUCGAGAUGUAUGUUUGGCCAGGUGCCCUUCUCAUGUACGUGUGUGUGUGCGUGUGUGAGUGUGAUUGUGUGCAUGGUGUAUGGAUGCGUUGUGAGUGUGUUAAGUAAUUGCUUUUGCGUAUCCUUAUGCGGCAAUGCGGCAGCAUUAGUUGAGAUGAAUGCGGAAUGAAAAGGGCAAAAGGACCUCGGUAUCUGUGUGAUACGUUCACAAAGUGUGUGUUUUUUAGUUUCUCUCGUUUCUAUGUUUCCUUUUGACGGUGGACCACAAAGUUGUUGUGUUUUCCGGCGAGAAAGCCGGAAAAAAAAUCUAAUCCAAGUUUUAUUUUUCUAUUCCGAGUUCCGCUCGUCGUCCGGACUCUGGAGGUAGCGUGGAAGCCGUUAGAAUGCAAUAAAGUGAAACCAAGCGAUAGCCGGUGAUGGUGUUUGGUGGUAGUGUUUUGUAAAAAUAUAUUUAAAACAUAACAAAAAACGGGAAACGGGAAGAGAUGAAUCGAUUUGCAUUUGCUGCUAGUUUAGAUCGAUAAACCAUAGCACUAGAAGCAUUUGCAAUGCAAAAAAAACCCCGUUGGUUUGACGGUCAUUUUUCGAAUCAAGAAAAAAUGGGAAAAACCCGUGGACAGUGUUUUCAACUUUUCCACUGAAUAAUUGAAGCAUGAGCUAAUAUUUAAUGCAAAAAAAAACAAACAACAAAACACAAUGGAAAACUACUAUAACAGCACCAAGAGUAAAACCGUAGCUACUUAACUUAGGCUAAUUGCAUAAUUGUUGAAACGGGGUUAUGUUUUUGAGUGGAGUAGGAGAAACAUUUAGCUUGAUUUAAGGGUUAGUGAUAAUGUGUUUUGUUUUCAUUUUUUUUAUUAUUCGUUGAUAUAAUUUAUUUACAUGUUUCUGUUGUGAUGAUUUGCUUCUGGACGUACGCAUUUGUCCAAUGUUUCGGGUUGCAGCUGAACGCAGCUUUUUCCCUGUUUUCCGCUGUCGUCAUGUGUAUGUGUAUACAGCAGGGGGAAAAAAAACAAAAUAUUUAAUACACAACGCCCCGCCCUUCCCUCGCCCUCGCUCCAAGGAUUACAUAACAUAGUAGUAGUGAACGUAAUCGUAAGGUAACAACUAGUCAGAUUAAACUAAAGCGAAACCACUGAGCUACUGAAACAAAAACAAACAAAAAAAAAGGUACUCAAAAGCGCUCCCGAUGAAGAAACGCAAACGUGGUACAAUCAUAUCAACGAUUGCGUUACUUAGUGGGUAAACGAUAGGCGCAUCAAGCAGGCUAUGCUCUGUUGCGCACACAUUCUGAUCCGUUUUCUUGCUCUAAUGCGUUAAAUCCUAUGCCAACUAUGAUAGUGGUGUUUAGUGAAACGCGUUCCCAAAUAAAGCCCCUUCGGUUUUUACUGUAACUAACCUUCCGAAUGAGUCGGUCAUUUUUUCAUGCAAGAACAACGAACAAAUCGAAUAGAGACAAAAAAAAAUCCUCCUUUCAAAGAUGGUUCCAGUUACACAUCUUUUUAAAAUUUCCUGUUUCAUGAUAGCUUUUGGUGGCACACACACUCACACACUUGUAGCCAUGUUGCUUUUCCGCCAUAUUGAAAAUGGUGGUAGGGAAAAAGUGAAAAGGGCGAGAGAGAAAAGAAAACAUUAUUCACUCCCGUAUUUCCUCAUUCCAGCACAACAAACAACAACAGCAGUAAAACAAAGAAAACAAUUUAUGCAACGACUGUUUGACGUGACGCUUUAUACUUUUCAUCGUUCUUUACGCUUUUCUAAAAUGCUCCACAUUUGAUAAUACUUCCUUUCCGGACUGUCGCAAAACAUGUUUCGUUUGUUCGUAAUUUAUACCGUAGUGAUAACAAGUAACGAUGUAAGUGAACAAAAAACAGAGCAAAACAAUUUAAAUAAAUACAAAUAAAUCGCAAAAACGGUGGUAAAUGUAUAGAAGGGUCGUCAGCAUGCAAACACAAACACAAAUACACACACACACAAAUAUAGGAAUGAUAAAAAAACGAAUAUGUUAAAACAAACAAGUGACGAAACAAGCGAACACGACACACUAUGCAUAGUACAGUGCAACAUGAUGAAGUUAGUUUAUCAUAGUAAUUCUUCAACACUUGAACAUACUAAACUAUUCUAAAGGAAAACACCUGUGUCGAAGGGCGAUGAUUUGAGCAGUUGCUUCGAUCCCACAUAUAUUGCAAAAGUACACGCCGAAACACACACAUACACUCAUAGACACAUUCACACAGAAGCGGACGGCAUCGACACACACACACACACAUAAUAGGUCCCUUUAGCCAUUAUAAUAAAAUAAAACGUAGCUUAUACAAAAUGGAGCCAGUUUGCGGAAGCGGUGUUGAAGCGGAUGUAAGUGUAACACGGUAGUAAACGAACAAUUUUUAGAGCAAAACAAAACAAAAAUGGAAGAAAAAUGAGCAUAAGUGAGAAGAAAUUAAACAAAUCGUAAGUUAAUCUAGUUAAAACUGGAACCAAUCAGCAUAGUGCAACCGUAACGAAACGAAAAUCAUUUAUAUAAAAAAAAGCAGCAAAAACCUAGCAAAGGCAAAAACCAAACCCGUUGCAGAAUAAGUGUCACUGGUGGGAGAAAGUGACGAAUGGAUUAUGGCCUGUACAUUCGGGCACAAGCAAAAGGGUGAGAUAGAAGUAGUAAAGAGGAGAACAUUGUGCACGAACCAAGAACAAAAAAGAAAACCACUCACUUAGCAAAACACUCGUAAACACUAAACCCCCGGUAAACCGUGUAUUCUUCGUAUCAACUAACAUCAACAGAACGUACAACAACGUUCAUCAUCGACUAACUCUCUCGCCAUUUGUCCGUUGCGGUCAGGGUACGGUACGCGCGAGCAACAUGAAGCAGUAAAAAAAACAUGCUUCACCGACAACAAACAAUAGCAAUGUAACAGCAACAACCAGUAAAACAUUAUAACAAAACCCAACAUCUAAAAACCUUACGAAAAUGAUCUAGCAAAAAACAAAAGAACAAAACAAAACCAAACAAUCACACAAAGCGGGAGAAAACACAAGAAAAAAAAAAGCAAACAAAAAUGAACAAAGUUACACACUUUACAAUCACACUCAUACACCUUCAAAAGAAAUCUUUAAAAAAAACCACUCGUACCAUACUAUCACACCUUUACAACAUAUAACUCCAUUUAAAUGAUAAAGAACGAAUCAAACGAUAACAAAAUUGAGAAGCUGCAUAUAAUUUAUCGCUAGCAAAACGUGGUGGAGAAGGAUUAUUAAUACGAUCAGGAAACAAAAUGCAAAGGCAGAAGAAAAACAAGGAAACAAAAAAAGAAGAAGAAGAAGAAGAAGCAGUAAUUAACAGAUAAGCAGAGCAGAUUCCGAAACAAAAGAACAGGUGGCUAGAAAUGGAGGAAGAAAUUAAGUGAAAAAAAUAAAAAAAAAUAUUCGAAAACUUGCGUGCGUGGGGAGUUUUACUAUUUGGCAUUGCUGUUUUGAGAAAAUUAAUGCUCUACCACGUGUUCAACGCCAACGGUGUCCAAUUAUGUCUAACUGUCAAUUUCAAAAUAUGCUUUUUUGACAGCAUAUCAUUCGUGGGGUGUAAACGGUGCUUAACAAAGCGCGCGCACGCAUCGUUUAUGUUGUCAACAUGUUUACAACGAGCCGGUCUUGACGAUAUUUGGAAGAUUUUAAGUGCUUUUGUUACGGUUUUAUUUUAUAUUUCGAUUUUGUGUGCUUAGCUUAUAAUAUUACACCAUGUCCGAAGAAAUGGACCCUCCUAUGCUACCGGCAACAACUGCCGAAUCCAGCAAAAUAAACGCUAUCGAUAAGGAGACGGUUCAUCGCAUUUGUUCCGGGCAGGUGGUGUUGAACUUAGCAAUUGCGGUAAAGGAAUUGGUGGAAAACUCACUGGAUGCAGGUGCCACACUCAUCGAGGUGAAACUGCGCGCUUGCGGUGCUGAGAUGCUCGAAGUUUCAGAUAACGGUAGCGGUGUGGAGGAGAAAAAUUUCGAAGGAUUGACGGCCAAAUACCAUACCUCAAAGCUGAAGGAAUUCACCGACCUGGAAUCGAUCGAAACGUUUGGCUUUCGAGGCGAAGCGCUCAGCUCGCUGUGUGCCCUUUCGGAUAUGGUCAUCACGACGCGUCACAGUACAGCUCCACACGCCACAAAGCUAACGCUCAAUCACGAAGGACGCAUCAAAACCCGUGCGCCCUGUGCCCGCCCGAUCGGUACGACGGUCAGUCUGACGAAUCUGUUUGCAACGCUGCCAGUAAGAAAGAAAGAAUUUCAGCGCAACAUCAAGCGAGAGUUUCUUCGCAUGUGCCAGAUACUGCAGGCGUACUGUCUCGUAUCGGUUGGUGUCCGCAUCAUUUGCACCAACCACACGGUCAAGGGUGCCAAAUCGGUCAUCAUGAGUACGCAGGGUUCGACGCGUGUACUGGACAAUGUGACGGCCCUGUUCGGUACGAAACAAACGGCGGAACUGAUGAAACUCGUACCAUCCAUCGGAAGCAACGGCAAAAUACAGGACCUGGAAUCAAGUGACUUUGAGGAUAGCCUAACGUUAACACAGGAGGAGGUGGACAAAUUCAACCUUUCCCGGUACACGAUCGAUGGUUACAUUUCGAGCUGUGCCCAUGGAUCGGGCCGCAGCUGCAAGGACCGGCAGUUUUUCUUCAUCAAUUCCCGGCCCUGCGAACCGAAACAGAUCAGCAAGCUGAUCAACGAUGCGUACCAUCGGUACAACGUUCAUCAGCAUCCGUUCGUGUACCUGAAUCUCAUGCUGGACCGUUCGGAGGUGGACGUAAAUCUGACCCCCGACAAACGCCAGGUGCUGGUGAACAACGAAAAGAUUCUCAUGCUGGCGAUAAAGAAAUCCGUCAGGAAAACGUUCGACAGUGUGCCGUCCUCUUUCAAGAUGCAAAAUCAAAAUCUAAGCGAUACGAGCCGGUUGCUUAAUAUAUCGCUUCCCUCCGACAAGGAACACGAUGAGGACAACAACGUUGAUGAUGAUGAUGAUGAUGAGCGGGACGAUUCGCUCGAUGUAAGUUCAAGCGAUAAAUGUACGGCGGGUGAAAUGCUUUUCACUUUCCAACCACCAAAAGUAAAUGUUUCGCAAUCUGUUGCCAGUGGUGGAGGGGGAAUGAAACGGAAGCGAACUUCCACGGGUAAUGGAGGUUUGCAGAAGAUGAUAGAUUUUUUAAACAUUACAAAAGCUUCCCAGAAAAGCGCCAGUAACGCUGAUGUGACGGAUAGCUCACUUGAUGAGGAAGAGAUACGCACAAGCAAACAGGCGAAAUGCGAUGAAAAUCCGUACGAUUUAACCAUCCUCAAGGAACCGUGUAAUGUGGCAGAGGAUGGAAAUGAUAGUAUAGAAACGCUUAAAGUCAUACGAUGCUCGAACGUAAAACAGUCAGAUGAUGGUGCUGAAGAUACAACCAAGCUCAAAGCCAACACUUCGGCAACAACGUCCUCUCAGGAAUCUGUCACCGAUUUAAUAUCCUUGAUGAGCUGUAAACAGGAGGGUACCCCUGCGUCCGAUUCGCUUUCACAAAGCAGCGUUACAACGUCGAACGAUGGAGUAGAAAUUAAACGAGAAUCUAGCGCUGAAUCGCUCCUUUCUCUCAACCAGUUUGCUGCACCGAUCAAGCGAGAGUUAUGCGAUAGUAGCGUAGCGUCAACCAUUUCCAUCGCCGGCCAAACGAUCCUGAUCGACGAUCAGCCGUCCGACGGUGAGGAUGAUAUGCGCCAACGUAAUCAGCAGCAACUGUCCGUUACCUGCGACUCGCUGGAACAACUUAUAGCACGCGAACAAACGCUACAAUCCGCCCGUUCCGUGGAACAAAGCACACUGACGCGGUUGCGGUUCAAAAGCAAAAUAAAUCCCACGAGCAAUAAGGCCGCCGAAAGUGAGCUGCAAACGGAGAUAACGAAGGCCGACUUUGCGGCGAUGGAAAUUGUCGGACAGUUCAAUCUCGGCUUCAUCAUCGUACGGCUCGGGGACGAUCUGUUCAUCGUCGAUCAGCAUGCCACGGAUGAGAAGUACAACUUUGAGGAUCUGCAGCGUACAACGGUGCUGCAGAACCAACGUUUGGUUGUACCGCAACCGCUCGAGCUGACCGCCGUCAACGAGAUGGUACUGAUCGAUAAUUUGGACAUUUUCGAAAUGAAUGGAUUUAAGUUCGAGGUUGAUGGAGCAGCACCGACAACGAGAAAGGUUCGCCUGGUCGCGAAACCGUACAGCCGCAACUGGGAGUUCGGUAAGGAGGAUAUAGACGAACUGAUCUUUAUGCUGCAGGACGCACCGAACACGGUCUGUCGGCCUUCGCGGGUACGAGCCAUGUUUGCUUCCCGUGCCUGCCGGAAAUCCGUCAUGAUCGGUAGAGCACUUUCGGUGCGCGAAAUGGAACGACUUGUACGGCACAUGGGCGAAAUCGAUCAACCGUGGAACUGUCCCCACGGUCGACCAACGAUGCGGCAUCUAGUGAAUCUAGCGAUGAUCAGUGAAAUUGAUCGUUCGAAUGGAACAACUGAUCCAAUCAAGCGAGAGAGUUCUUCCGACGAUGAAGCGUGAGGUUAAUGCGUGUGAAUGAAAGAAAACACGACUCUUUUCUUCAAUAUACAUCUUAACACACGCUUUGCACGCGUUGUGCUCUUUGAA